AUGGCACAGAUCCAACCUCUAGGGCCUCGGCGCAGCACAUCAGCCCAUCCUCUCGAGAGCAAAUUAAGCCAUCAACUACAACCUGAAUCGCUAUUUCCCCAGUCAGACACAGUUACUCGUUCGCCGAAGUCACGUUCUCUUUCGGACGCGUCAAGGCCAACUCCAACACCGCAGCCUUCUACCGGAGAUUUAAGUCGUCCGCAGAGUAAAGACGAUACUGCGCUCCCUUCAUUGCCGGCCACUCCCAGUCGUUCUAAUACACACCACAACCUUUCAUUAAACCUUCCGUCCAAAACAGCUUCCCCGUCCAUCUCUCGCGCUCCUCUAUCCCCACAACUUGACUCUUCACAAAUCUAUGGGUCACCAGGGUCGGUCCUUCCACGGCGGUCCCGCGGCCUGGACUUCUCUCGCGCCUGCACUAAUUUACACCAUUCCACUCUCGCCGAAUCCUCGCCAAAUUCGUCUCCUACUAUCGGGGGUCGUGGGAUAUCUAUUCCACAGCGCCGAGGCUCCCUCGGUCUAACUUCCGCGCCACCUUUCUCGACCUCAGGCCCUGCGGACCGAACAGUCAUCUCCGGCUCUAUGUCGAGUGUGAACAUGAUGGAGGAAGAUACUAGCAGCAGUAGCGAGGGGGAGGAUGAUAGCAUGAUGGGUGACGGCGACGAUAUAAUGCUCAGCACGCCGCAGGCGGCGCGAAUGAGCGGGCCCGGCCCCUUUGCGACAGGAUAUAUCCAGAGUCCUGGUAAUGAAUGGAUGGGAGGGUAUUCACAAGCUGCGGCGAGUCUCAUGAGCUUCCAACGAGCACGACUUUCCCGCAAAGGACGCAGUCGCCACAGUUCGAGCAGUGCAAGUGGGAACAGCUCUAAGCCAAGUCCAGGACCGCAUUCACCUCCAGUCAUGAAGAGUGUGGAGAACGCAGGAGGUUACUUUGCAUCCCGACAGACUGUCCAUUCUAGACGAGAGAGCUUGAGCCUGGGCACUCGAGAUCUCCGACUUUCAGAUCUGAGUGAUGACGGCGAGGCUCGCGCUGUACGUCCAGGCAGCCCCACAGGAGGUCCACCACUGGGAGUGAUACGUCGCGCGGUUACUCGACGAGGAAGUUUAUUAGUAAGUCGAAGACAUCAUAACUUUUCUGGAUUGACUAACGCUGUUGAAAAGCCCAAAACGAAGACAUUUGCUCGCAUUCGCGCGGAGUUAAUGGAGGAGGGUGCCCCGAUCGAUAGUGACAUGAAAAGAGAAGCCGAAGUGGUUCGGCAGGUCCGCGACACAGAAACUGAGGCAUCUCCAACUCUCAGGGCUAUACCCUCGCUGCAUUCACCUCAGGAUAUGGAUAGCCCGCAGCCCUCUGCAGCAAAAGCUAUUCCUACUACGAACAGCUUCAGCAAGCAAGCGAGUCGUAACUCGGGCGGAGUAGGAUUUUGGAAUUCCUUCGACGAGCGCUAUCGUACCCCACCCCCUAUGCGCCAAACAGGUGGCUCGUCCGUCCCAGACGAUGAUGUCCUCAUGGACAUGACACCAUCUAGCAUGGUUGGACCGCAUGCAACUGACCUGAAACAACGCUCUCGGUCUUCAACUCCUCAUGCCCCGGUUGCAAUAGUUGGUGAACUGCGCCGUAAACGCCGCCGAGACGAUGACUUCGACCCUAACACCUUCAAACGUCGGGCUGUAUCGCCCAGCAUGAGUGUCCAGAGCAGCCCGGUGUUAACCCAUUCGUCUACCGUGGAUAACGGACCUAACAUUUGGGGCCCGUCAUCGAAGCUCGGCCCCCCAUUCUCUGAGCGUCCGGCAGGUACACCGAAGCGUAUAGGUCUCCAGGGUAUGACUGAAGCUAAUGAUGGAUUUAUGAACAUGAGUAUUGAAUGA